AUGGCGACCCUCAAGCGCGAGAGGAAGCUGAUCCUCGUCCUGGACCUAGACCACACGCUGCUCAACUCGACGAGGCUCCAAGACCUAUCCGCCCAGGAGCAACGCAACGGGUUCACGCCCUACACAGGGGACGAGCUGCACAUGGAACUCUUCCGGCUGGAGUACUCCGACAACGUUCGCAUGCUCGUCAAGCUGCGCAGACGUUCGUGCGAGGCUUCUUGGAGCAGGCGUCUAGUUCGGCGGCAGGGUCGUGUCCAGAAAGGAGUCGACCCAGCGGGACAUGAAGAGUCUCGACGUCAUCCCGGGCGCCGACCCCGCCUCGGUGGUGAUCCUCGACGACACGGACGGUGCCUGGCGGGGCAUCAGGAUAACCUCAUCCUCAUGGACAGGUACCACUACUUCGCCUCCACCUGCCGCAAGUUCGGCUACGACAUCCCCUCCCUGGCGGAGCAGUGCCGGGACGAGAGGGAGCAGGACUGCUCGCUGGCCAUGGUGCUGGGCGUCCUGGAGCACAUCCACAAGGCCUUCUUCGACGGUGACCGCGUGGACGUCAGGGAUGUGAUCAGGGAGGUGUGGCGCCAGGUGCUGCCCGAGUGCACGGUGGUGUUCAGCUAUCUGGAGGAAUAUAUGGAGGACUUCCCUGAGGACACCCUCAUGUGGACGUUGGCCGAGCGGCUCGGCGCCGCCUGCCAGAAAGACGUCGACGGGACGGUCACCCAUGUCGUUGUAGAGGAUCCGGGGACCCAGAAGGCGCAGUGGGCGCGGGAGCACGGCAAGUUUCUCGUCAACCCGGAGUGGAUCAAUGCGGUGAGUUUCUGCUGGUGUCGGGUAGACGAGCGAGGGUUCCCGGUGACGGCCCAUGAGAGUUGA